AUUUCAUCCUUUCUGGCCUAUAUUUUUGUCUCUAAAUUUCAUUCUUCCACAAAUUCCUCUCUAUUUUUAUUUUUUGUGACUAAUAUUCUGCUUCAACCAUUUUUUUCAGGGUCACAAAAAAAUCGAAAAGUUUUAUUUAUUUUGUUGUUUAUCUAUAAAUCUGUCCAUUUUUUUCUGUGUCUGAAUUUGUGGGUUACAUUACAAGUGGAUUGAUCUGUAUUACAGGGAUUGAUAGAGCCAUAGAAAUAUAGUUAAAGAAGGAGAAAGAUGUGGGGUAUCACUAGAUUUUUGGAGAAAGCUUAUAUUUUUGAAGAAGGGGGAUCUGGGUAUUGUUCAAAGAAGAAGGAUGAUAUUUGUAAUGAGGGAGCUGGUCGAGCAUUGAGCAUGUCGAGACUAAAGUGCGCACUUCGUGGCUUGGACCUGAAAACAUAUAUCUUCCUUUUUUUGUUUGUUCCAACAUGUGUGUUUGGUAUAUAUUUGCAUGGACAGAAAAUCACUUAUUUUCUACGACCUUUAUGGGAAAAGCCGCCAAAGCCUUUCCAUGAGAUGCCUCACUAUUAUCAUGAGAAUGUGUCGAUGGAGAGUCUCUGUAAACUUCAUGGAUGGGGAAUUCGGGAGUAUCCUAGACGUGUCUUUGAUGCAGUGUUGUUCAGUAAUGAGGUGGAAAUGCUGACCAUACGGUGGAAAGAGCUGUACCCUUAUGUAACAGAGUUUGUUUUACUUGAAUCCAAUUCAACAUUCACCGGAUUGCCAAAGCCUUCGUACUUUGCUAAUCACAGAGAUCAGUUUGAGUUUGUUGAAUCAAGAUUGACAUAUGGGCAAAUCCCUGGGAGAUUUAGGAAAGGAGAGAACCCUUUUGUUGAGGAAGCUUAUCAGAGACUUGCAUUGGAUUAUCUCCUCAAACAAGCUGGUAUUCAGGAUGAUGAUUUGCUGAUAAUGUCGGAUGUUGAUGAGAUACCUAGUAGACAUACCAUCAAUCUCCUGAGAUGGUGUGAUGACACGCCUCCAGUUCUUCAUCUCCGAUUGAAGAACUAUCUCUACUCUUUUGAGUUCCUUGUGGAUAGCAAUAGCUGGAGAGCUUCUGUUCAUCGGUACCAAUCUGGUAAGACAAGGUAUGCACAUUAUCGACAGUCAGACGUCAUCUUAGCAGACGCAGGAUGGCAUUGUAGCUUUUGUUUCCACCACAUAAGUGAGUUCAUAUUCAAGAUGAAAGCCUACAGCCAUUUUGACAGGGUAAGAUUUUCUCAUUUUCUGAAUCCAAAGAGAGUGCAAAAGGUAAUUUGUGAUGGAGCUGACUUAUUUGAUAUGCUACCGGAGGAGUACACAUUCAGGGAAAUCAUAGGCAAAAUGGGACCUAUUCCCCACUCCUACUCUGCCGUUCACCUUCCAGCUUAUCUUUUGGAAAAAGCAGACCAAUAUAAGUUUCUCUUGCCCGGUAAUUGCAUGAGAGAAAGUGGCUGAUCUUGGAGUGUUAAGUUGUGUUUUCUUUUUGUAAAUGUCAAGGGUGCAGUUUCGCGUUGCUCCUUGUGAAGCAAAUAGAGGAUCCUUAAUAUAUUCAACAUGAUUAACAUCUCCAUAAACUAUUUGGAAUGUUUCAAGAUGAUUUUGGAAUUGACGGGUUGUGUUUUGUAUAUACUUGUUAGAGAAGAUUUUCUUGAUCA